ACCAGAUAAGUCCCCAUUCUAGAAACGCAGCAGGAGCAUUGGCAUCACACCCAGGACACAAACAACCUCACGCCUCAUUUGCCAGAAGAGUUCUUGGGAGCGAGAAGUGGAAAGCUAGCGAGCUCUAGACGCAGAUCAAUGGCGACCAUAGCCACGAUGGCCAUGCUCAAGCCGGCGAAGAUCACGGCGAGAUCGGCGCCGGCGGCUCCAUCGCCGCCGUCAUCAUCCCCGAGCAUCUCGCUGCGGAAAGUAGCAGCCAAGAAACAGGGCGCCGCUCUGGCCGUGUCGCCGGCGGCUUCCGCGGCCAUGGCGGGCGCCUUCUUCAGCUCGCUGGCGACCUCCGACGCGGCGAUGGCGGCGCAGCGGGUGGCGGACAUGGCGGCGGCUGCGCCGGCGGACGACAACCGGGGCCUGCUCCUCCUGAUCGUCGUCUCCCCGGCGCUCGCCUGGGUGCUCUACAACAUCCUGCAGCCGGCGCUGAACCAGCUCAACAAGAUGCGGUCGGAGAAGGCGCUCGUGGCCGGGCUCGGGCUCGGGGCCGCCAUGGCCGCUGCCGCGCCGGAGCGGGCCUCGGCCGCCGCGGGGGAGAUCGCGGCCAUGGCGGCCGCGGCGGCGCCGGCGGACGACAACCGGGGCCUGCUGCUGCUCUUCGUGGUGGCCCCCGCCCUCGGGUGGGUGCUCUUCAACAUCCUCCAGCCGGCCCUCAACCAGCUCGAGAAGAUGCGCUCCAACUAAUCCGUUCGCGGCGCACGUCCGUCUGUUAAUUAAGUAAGGGUUUUGAGGGGUUGGUGAUGAGUAGCGUGGAUGGUGGUGUGCCUCUUUCUUUCUCUAAUCUUGUCGUGCCCUUUCAUCAAAAUGCAGUACAGCUUUCGUUUUGUCCGAAUUCUGCAAGUUUCGGAUUCUGAUGAAAACAUCCUGUGAUGAUUCUAUAACAACUGUUUGUACUAUAAGUUUAGUUCGAUUA